UUAGAAGCAAGAAAUGGAAAAAGAAGUGAAGCUAAUAGGGAGUUGGGCUAGCCAAUUUAGUUGCAGAGUAGAAAUAGCUCUGAAAUUAAAAGGUAUAGAUUAUCAAUUUAUACAAGAAGAUCUCUCCAACAAGAGUGAUUUAUUACUCAAAUAUAACCCGGUUCAUAAAAAAAUUCCUGUUCUUGCUCACAAUGGUAAACCCAUUGCAGAAUCACUGGUUAUUCUUGAAUACAUCGACGAAACCUGGCCGGAUCAUCCCGUCUUACCUAACCACCCUUACGAUAGAGCCAUAGCUCGUUUUUGGGCUAAAUUCAUCGACGAAAAGCUAGCUCAAACAAUUUACAAGGUUGGAGUGGCUAUUUGUAAGGGAGAAGAAAAAGAAGAACCAAUUCAAGAAUUAUACGAGAGUUUGAAGUUGCUAGAAAACGAGCUAAAAGGAAAAGAAUUCUUUGGAGGUGACAAAAUUGGAUAUUUGGACAUUGUGGCAAUUGUUAUUGCACAUACGUAUCAGUUGAUGUUUCAUGAAAUUCUGCAAAUAGAGUUUACUCCAGGAGAAAAAUUUCCCGUUUUGAACAAAUGGCUCGAAAAGCUUCGUCAAAUCGAUGUGAUCAAAGAAUGUCUACCGCCGAAAGACAAGCAUAUUGCUCAUAUGAAAAUCCGCUUUGAAACUAUAAAAUCUACGCUCAAAUAAAAUAGAAUGUCUUAUUCUCCAGCUUGUAUUACAUAUUGUAAUAUUUGCUUUACUUUGUUGUUUUCGUAAGUUGAGGUGCUAAGUUGGAUAAUUGAUAAAUUUUUGGGUUGUGUGUUUGAA